AUGAGUACAAGUACAGUCCAUCCUCUUGCGCUACCCGGAGCGAGUAAAGAGGAAACCCAGGCCCCGGAAGAUAGAAUCGCAGCUCGAUCCCAUUGGAUUUUCUUUGUCACUGCUUAUAGAGUGUCCUCCGUCCUUGAUCGCCUUCGUGAUGUAGAGCAGACAUGCGCUCAGCUACAUCAAAAGCCUUUACAGGCCGACUCGGCAUCGCCUUCAGAACCUCUCGGUACCUCGCUGUCGUCGCGUUCGAUAUCUAAGCCGCGUCAUAACGGCUACGACACAGGCACACCCGCGUCUCAGUCAAGUCCGCGCGACUGGUGGCUGCCCAGGGGCCAGAAGCCAUGCGAUCCCGCCAGUCCUCUGCCGCAUACUCCCAGCACCGUCAUCGGGGUGGGUGACUCGUUCCAGUGCAUGAGGAGCGCCGUGCUUCAGAUCCGGAAGAAUGCAAGCAGCAGCCAUUCGGCUUUAAGCAUCCUCUUUCAAGAUGUUGAACCUCCCAGGGAUCUUGCCAAGCACUGGACAAAGCACUAUGUCAACGAAACCCCUUUUAUCUUGUACGCCAAUCUCUUUCCUGGAGAUGUCGUGGCUCAUCUGCCUGACGUGCUGCACUUGCCUCAUAUUCAUGUAGACCCGGUCAUGGUGGUCAUCUAUUACUGUGUGCUCUAUAACGGCGCGUGCCUGGAGUUCCUCCACGCCACCGAGGAGGACGCACUCGCGAUGAUAAAGCGGCCGCGGAGCUUGUACCAGUGCGCUUUGCGUGCCAUGCCUGCGUGGCGGCGGGAGGCGACCGGCACUGCCUCGGACUUCAUUGCGGCUAUCAUGCUGUCCAUUGCCGCGACUGACAACUUUGAUCAAGAGCUCAGCUGGCAGCUGCACAAGCUGGCUUGCGAGUAUGCGCAGAAGCUGCGGCUACAUGAGAUUGACAGAGGAGACAGAUCUCCCCCCAUCGGGCUCAAUGUCCCUGACUUGGAGGAGAGUCGUGCCAGCUUCUGGAAACUGGUCCAGCUCGACUAUCUGUUCCGCCUGAUACACGACAAGCCACGCACAAUCACAGCAGACGCGGGCUCGUGGACGGUCGAUCUGCCUGGACUGAGAGCCGAUACCGACCACGACACCGAUGGUUUUCGGUCCACCUACUACAUUGUUCAGUCCCGAAUCACCUUUGCGGUCGCAGAAUUCUUCCACAACUUUGAGGACAGCGCCGAAAUCGGCGAUGAUGAGCUGCUGUCGAAGACAGAGGCUAUUUGCCGGCAGAUCGAGGAUCUCUACGAUGAAUGGAGAGUGGUGCAAUGGCUAGACGAGUCGGAGCUAGACUCGGCGAAGCUAUACAUCAUGUCCGAAGUAGCCGUCUUUGGCCACUUGAGCAUCAUCUUCAUGCUCCGGCGGGUCAAGGCUAAGAUAAAGAAAGUCGACCAGCUUGAGCUCGUCGACGCCGAGGUGGCGCGUUUACCGCUGGCGCAGAAGGCUAGCCGCGAGGCCGUCAAGAUAGUCCAGCGCCUGGCGUCGCCUCUCUUCCACAUCAUCCUCAUCUCCAUCUUCUUCGACUCGUUGCAGAUGGACGUCGCCUAUCAGUACUUGGCGCGCUCGUUGAUGGCGUCCACCGAGCUAUUCGAGACGGAGAACGACGUGCUCCUGUUCAACAACAUGGCCGAGUAUCUAGCCACGUUUGCGCAAGAUGAGAUGGAGGUGCGGCCGUUGGCAUCGGCAAUUACCAAGCUUCGGGACGACAUUCAGCAACAUCGGCGGGAAGUGAGUCUUCUUAGAGGGAGGGCUUUCCAGGAAGGGCAGCCAGCUCGUCCUUCGCUUCUUCUGAAGGGCUUCCCCGCAUUUCAAGGUGCCGACCCCCUCGGCGACGAGUUGGAAGCUAAGCUGUAA